CCGAAACUGAACGCAACCUACCACCCAUUUGGAACAAAUCAUGAGUCCCCAGGAGAUCAGUACCGAAAACUUGAACCUGCAGCAAACCUCAUCUUUUUUUCGUCUCUUACCUCGCGAGCUCCGUGAUAUGAUCUACGGCUAUAUGGAGAACGAAAUCCGACAUGACUGGAACCUAGGUACUAGGACACCAUCACCUGAACUGGAUAAUCAGCACACCACACACAUCACAAUGGACGUUGAGGUAUUGGUCAAGGAUGCGCCCUACGUCCAUGUAUUGCAAGUUUGCAAGAGAAUGUACUUUGAGUACAGACAAUCCUUGGCCUGCAACCAAGUUUUCUUCAAUGUUACCGUCGACCCAGUCGUCCCACAACUUCUUCUAUGGAGACAAUUAAAUGAAGGGCAUAAGAUACUACCGGAUACUUAUGUUUCUUACGACUUCCUUGACCCGGUGAUUCGUAGAGCCUUACGGAUUGAGAUCUUAAUCAAUUGUACCACGUUUGACGAGUACAACGUCAUGAUUGCCCAAGAACGCCUCAUCAAGAUUCUGAGCCCGAAAACUACAAAGUUGGAAUCUCUUCGUCUUGACCUCGCGACUCAUGGCUUCCUUUACCACAUUACACCGGAGCCAGAGGAGCCGGAAGAGCCCAAGCACAAGGAUGGCAACAACUACUACGCGCAAGAGUCAGCCAGUCUCCCAUACUGGAGCAAUAAAGAAAUCAUGAGCCACUUCAGGGAGACCCGUUCUGGCAUCGUAUUGGGUUCAGUGGAUGAUUCCUUAACUUGCUCAGAACAUCGCGACGGCGUAAACCGUAGCUGGCGCGACAAGAGGGCCAACGUCCUGGAUUGGUAUUCAGAAAAGGGCUGCUAUACCGCCCCGGAGACCGAUAUGGACUAAAACGCCGUCGAGUUCAUGGGUCUUCUACGCGAUGACACCUUCUGGCAAACUUCAUCUCGUAUUCGAGGCUACACACAAUGUGUUGUUCUCGCUAUUGGAGAGUCGCUCUGGGCACGCUGUGAUCCAAAAAAUACAGUCAGUUCUUAUAUACCCGAGUUUUCCUUCAGCUUUCAUGAUGGAAUAGGUUUUGCAUCUGCCAUAUCAGCCAUUGUCAUACUCUGUCAUUGGAU